CUUAGUUUUCGUUGAGAGAGAGAAGAAUGGUGGAAGGUGGUAUUGUGAAACCAGACAGGACAGAGUUCAACGACUGCUGGAAAACAACAUGGGAGACACCUUAUAUUAUGCGUCUUGCACUUUCGGCUGGGAUUGGAGGGCUGCUCUUUGGCUACGAUACAGGGGUUAUCUCUGGUGCACUGCUUUAUAUCCGUGAGGAAUUCCAAGAAGUUGAAAAGAAAACAUGGCUACAGGAAGUCAUAGUGAGUAUGGCUGUAGCAGGUGCCAUUUUCGGUGCUGCAAUCGGAGGAUGGAUGAACGACUGGUUCGGGCGAAAGCUAUCUAUUUUGGUGGCCGAUGCUUUCUUCUUUGUAGGUGCCAUAGUCAUGGCUUUGGCCCCAGCUCCAUGGAUGAUCAUUGUUGGAAGAAUUUUUGUUGGUUUAGGAGUUGGAAUGGCCUCAAUGACUGCACCUCUUUAUAUCUCCGAAGCUUCACCGGCAAGAAUUCGUGGUGCACUUGUUAGCACCAAUGGUUUGCUUAUCACAGGGGGGCAAUUCCUUUCUUACCUAAUCAAUUUGGCUUUUACACAUGCUCCUGGAACUUGGCGUUGGAUGCUCGGAGUUGCCGGAUUGCCUGCGGUGGUUCAGUUUUUCUUGAUGUUGUCACUGCCAGAGUCUCCUAGGUGGCUAUACAGACGGAAUAAAGUAGAAGAGGCAAGGUCCAUCCUAGAGAAGAUUUAUCCGGCAGAUGAAGUCGAAGCUGAACUAACCACAUUGAAAAACUCCAUCGAAGCCGAAGAAGCCGAUGAGCAAACCAUAGGAAACAACUUGACAUCAAAGUUGAAAGGUGCACUCAGCAACGUUGUUGUCCGGAGGGGCCUAUAUGCUGGAGUAACAGUUCAAGUUGCCCAACAGUUUUCAGGCAUCAACACAGUUAUGUACUACAGUCCAACAAUAGUUCAGUUAGCCGGAUUUGCUUCUAACAAAACAGCAUUGGCGCUUUCUUUGAUCACAUCCAGCCUCAAUGCGAUCGGUUCCAUUGUUAGCAUGGCUUUUGUCAACAGAUAUGGUAGGAGGAGAAUGAUGAUCAUCUCCAUGUUUGGUAUCAUUACUUGCCUUGUGAUUUUAUCAGUUGUGUUCUUCCAAGCUGCCAGCCAUGCUCCCAAAAUUAGCCAAUUUGAGUCCACACACUUCAUUGCAAACGGUACGUGUCUGGAUUACAUUUCCGACCCUAAUCCGACAUCUUGGAACUGCAUGUCUUGCUUGAAAGCCGAUUGUGGGUUUUGUUCCAAUGGAGCAAAUGAAUAUUCUCCAGGAGCAUGCUUAGCAAAGACCACAGACCUGGAAAACUCAUGCCACGGGCAACACCGUACUUGGUUCAAAGAAGGUUGCCCGAGCAAAUUUGGGUUUGUAGCCGUCGUUUUCUUAGGACUGUACAUCAUUUCAUUCUCGCCUGGUAUGGGAACUGUCCCGUGGAUCGUCAACUCGGAGAUUUACCCAUUGAAAUACAGAGGAAUCGGUGGAGGCAUUGCUGCAGUUUUUAAUUGGACCAGCAAUCUCAUUGUUAGCCUCACAUUUUUAACACUAACGAAAGCUCUCGGUUCCUCCGGCACAUUCCUCCUCUUUGCUGGCUAUUGUGUCAUCGGACUCGUUUUCAUUUACUGGUUUGUGCCUGAAACCAAAGGGCUGCAAUUUGAGGAAGUCGAGAUGAUGCUGAAGUCUGGUUUCAAGCCAUUGGCAUUCAAGAGCAAGAAAAAUAGUCAACCAAUCAACAUAAGCUCGAUUUGAAGCUAAAUACGUUAUUUAAGCUCAACUUGCUCAACUCAACCUUGUUCCAUACAAACUUUUUAGUAAAAUGUAUACAUUUGGAUACUCAGCAA